AUGUCGUCACGACGGGAAAGAGAACGCGGUCGCGAAAGGGAGGAAGAGGAAGAGGAUGAUCCGAGCCGAUAUCCUAAGUAUAUGUCUAUCACGGGCGAACCGUUGCAGUUGGAUUUGGAUAAGGGUUUUUUAGGAAAGUGCAGACAUAUCGAUGAAUUCGAGUCAUUGAACCAACUUGGCGAAGGAACAUACGGCGUCGUCCGUCGCGCCAGAGAUCGCAAAAUCACGAAUCAAACGGACAAACACGCCAUCGUCGCGCUCAAGCAAGUGCGCAUCUUCGACGAAGACCGCAACAACGGAAUCCCCAUCACCGCGCUUCGCGAAAUAUUCCUCCUUCGCGAUUUGAAGCACAGGAAUGUGGUUCGGGUGCUCGAUGUCGCCGUGGGAGACGAGUUGCAUGAUGUUUAUAUGGUGAUGGAAUAUGCUGAGCAGGAACUAAAUAGAGGAAUAGUUAAAUGCCUGGCAAAGCAGCUGUUCGAGGGGUUGGAGUACUUGCAUGACCGAAAUGUCAUUCACCGAGACAUUAAAGCUAGUAAUCUCCUACUCACCGCUAAGGGUAUCCUCAAGAUUGCCGACUUCGGUCUCGCCCGUGAGUACGCAGAACGUCCCAUGACGCCUAGCGUCGUCACAGUUUGGUACCGUUCCCCCGAACUCCUCCUUGGCGCAAACCGGUACACGCAGGCGGUGGACAUCUGGGCAGCAGGAAUGGUGAUCGGUGAAAUCAUCAAACGAACACCCCUCUGCCCCGGAGAAAACGAAAUCGACCAACUCAACAAGAUCGCACAGUUAUUGGGUGUCCCUAACGAUCGCAUCUGGCCCAAAAUCCACACUAUGCCAUCGUACCACCAACUCAAAUAUAGGAUUCAAAACCCACAACGACAGAAUCAAUUAGAGAUAUUGUUUUUGGGGGCCACUUCUUCUGCUACGGUUAAUUUGAUCAACUCUUGUUUGACGUAUGAUCCUGAGAAGAGGGUUACGGCGAGACAAUGUUUGAGCCAUGAGUAUUUCAGGGAAGCACCGGCUCCGAAGGAGACGAGUAUGAUGCCGACUUUCCCGGAGAAUAGGAAUAGUGGAAAUAAUAACAGUGGAGCCGAUGGGGCGAAUGAUACGAUUGCUGUACACGGGAAGCGGGCUGGGGGGUAUGAUGGAGCCAGUGGGUCGGGGAAUGGAGGUUACGUAUUUGACUUUGAUGGGCAAUUUGGAGGGAUGCCGCAGAAGAAGAGGCAUCGACAUGGGUGA